CAGACUCAACGAUGACUUCUUGAGCAGGCGCCGGUGACUGGUAGCAUGUUACCAAAAUGGCUGUUGGCUUCGUUUCAUAUCGUUGUUUACUCUUAGUCUGACCAUUCAUUCCUACCUACCCUACCCACCACCUCAGCAGUCUUUAUUUAUUUUGAGUCAGAAACAUUUCUGUUUGCUUUUUAAAUGCGGUGAGAACUGACGCAGACUGUUUGCAUCCACGCAUCUCAUCGCCCUGAGGACCAAACAAGUCCCUUAUCUUCAUCAUCACCAUGUCGGAGGAUGCGUCGUCUCUUCAGUUACGAAGAAUCAUGCGACCAGAUGAUGCCAACAUUAUGGGCAACAUCCACGGUGGCACCAUCUUGAAGAUCAUUGAGGAAGCAGGAUGUGUGGUCUGCACUCGUCACUGCAAUUUUGACGACGAGGAACACUGUCUAGCAGCUUUGGUCCGGGUGGAGAAGGCAGAAUUUCUGUGCCCAGUGUUCAUCGGCGAGGUCGCUCAUGCCUGCGCAGAGAUUAUAUUUACCUCGGAGCACUCACUGGAGGUGCAGGUCAAAGUCAUCGCAGAGAACAUCCUCACAGGAACCAAAAGACUGGUCAACAAGGCAGUGCUGUGGUACGUCCCCAUCUCUCUCCAGAACAUUGACAAGAUCAUGAAUGUGCCGCUUAUUCAGUAUUCUAGUGCUGAACUGGAGGAGGAGGGUCGAAAGCGCUAUGAAGCUCAAAAAGUGAGGAGACUUGAAACCAAAACUGCUGUUGAGGAUGUUGUGGCCGACCCUCCCAUCUCAGAGCCUCACACUGUCGGCGCCAGCCAAUCCAAUUUGGUCCAGCUGAUUGGUCCGGGGGAUUGCUCGCUACACGACUUUGCUAAUGGCGGUGUGAUCAUGAAGCUGAUGGACGAGGUCGCCGGCAUUGUCGCCGCUCGUCACUGCAACACCAAAAUUGUCACUGGUUCCGUCCAAGAGCUAAAUUUCCGUCGCAAGAUUAAGAAGGGGUCUGUGGUGACCGUGUCAGGGCGCCUCACGUUUGUCAGCACUUGCUCCCUGGAAAUUGAAGUCCUAGUCGACGCGACUAUACUCAUGGAGGCGAAGGAAGUGAAGUACCGAGCAGCCUCAGGUUUCUUCAUCUACAUCUGCCUGGGCAAAGACAACAAGCCGCAGCCGGCUCCUCCUCUCAAGGUUCAGGGGGAGGAGGAGCAGAGGCGCUUCGAGGAGGGGAAGGCACGAUACCAGCUGAAUAAAGCAAGACGAGAAGCAGAAAAGCAGAAGCUCCACAAGUAAACACCAGCUGCAACGGUAUAUCAACAUUCCCAAUGCACUACAAAGAAAAUAAUACAUCAUUCUGUCCACUCACAAAGCCAAAUCCAUGACAUGCUAACUAUCACCAAAGUGGUCCCUUCUGUCUUCUAUGUAGCGCUGCAGAUAUUUAGCAUAUAUUUUAUGAUGCAUUUAAAGGAAGAGUGCGAUUUUGUUUGAUUUCGAAUGAUGACCAGUGUUGAAAAAGCGGCAGGGAAAAUGAUGAAUAAGUGAAUGAAUAAUGCUGAAUAAAAGAUCCAAGUAU